UUCACUUGCUUACAGAAGAGUACGCUAUGCUAUCUCCUGCUGAGCUGGAGGCCAGGGGUAUGAACCUAACCCAGUCGGAUAAGUCCGCUUUGCAGUUAGAAAUCACUGACGCCCAACAGAAAUUAGCAGAGGAAGAUUAUAUUUUUGUUCCGGAAGAAAGAGAAGUAGAGUUAGAUCCCAAAGUUGAAGACCAUGACCCUUCUGGCGCCCAUAAAAGGUCACGUAAAAUUUCUGGAUUACAUCACCUCCCAAACCUGAAGAAACUCAGUUCAUCUUCAAAAGGUGGUUUUUCUCCUCCUUCUCCAUCAUCUUUGACUCCCCCCAUUUCACCUGUGAGCCCUGCAUCACCCUCCCCUCCUUCGCCUCAAUCUGAGCAUGUAAAGAAAAAGGGUCUUUUGUUUAUGCUGAAAUUUUCAUCGAAAUCAAAAUCGUUAAAGGCGAAAAACUACCCAGAAGCUAUCCCAGCACCCGGCGAUGUCCACUUUCAGUCGGCUGCUAGAGACGGUACUCUGAAAGCUGAGCAGCCAAAAAUGCAACGAGCUUUAAGUGUCCCUUCGCAUUUGAACGAAGCUCCUCAGAACCUUCCAGCCAAGUUUCGCCAUGAGAGUGUUCAUGUGGGCUUUCCUACUCCCACCCAAGCUUCCCUUAUUAAUUGGGCAAAUCAGCCGAUGGGUGUGAAGAGAGGACAAAUGACAAGAACUGACAGCUUCCUGACGAAGGCUAAGGAGAAAGCUGAGAAUAUGAGUCAGAAGUUCCAGGCAAAGAUGGACAGUGUCACAAACAACCCAUCCAUUGGUGGUUCCCAGCCAAGCAACCCUAUACAGACCCAACCAGCUGGCUCAUUACAGAGAAGACCAGAGUCCAUUGCUGUGCAGGAGUCUCUGAGCAUGGCCAUUGGUGAAUUGUUCAUGUCUUGCCUUCAUGCGUGGAGCCUAGAUCCUCAGUUGGAUGAUUUGUGUCUCAACAAGCUGGGUCUCCACAAACCAAAGUGUCCGAUCAGCUUCGGCCUCCUAUCACACAGAGGUCACAUGUCGCUCAUGUUGCCUGGAUGGCACCGCCACCAAAACCUGGUUGGGGGUGUCUUGAGAAAAAGUUCAAUUUCCAACAGCACACCAACCCUGUUGCACCAACGGAUGGGUGCAGUGCCAUUUGACAGUGACAUUCCGAAUGAUGACACAGAUAACACUGCUGGAAAACCCCUAGAUGCUUCGCUGUCUCCAGCCGGAGCAAGUGAUCAAAGUGGCCGCUCACCAAAACCAGCGCGGCCACCUUCAGCCCGUCGAACCUCUAGUGUUGUGUCAUAUCAACAGCAGGCGUAUGAUUUUUCUACCAAGCUACGAUGGCAGAUUUCUAGUGCCGUGACCACCCAGCAUCUGUUGAGUGUGAUCUCAGUGGCCAACACAUUGAUGGGGAUGAGUAGAGCAGUGUUUUUACCUGAAUUGUUGCAGCCUUUGAUGAGAAAUAGGAAAGAAUCUGCCGGCAGUAACUUUGGAUAUGACAGUGCAGACAGCACUGGGAUGUCAGAGUCGGAUUCUAUUAAGCAGGGCUGGAGUCUGCUGGCAGCCCUUCAUUGCGUGUUGCUGCCAGAGCUGGUCGGGCCGGAGCACUAUCAGAGUCCACAGCUGGAGAUGUUGGCUCGACGCUGGCAGGACAGAUGUCUGGAGAUUCGAGAAGCAGCACAGGCAUUGCUCCUUGCUGAGCUACGCAGAAUCAAAAAUGAAGGCCGUAAGAAACUCUUGGAUAAGUGGGCACCUUUCUUACCAUCUUACGUGGACCCUGAGUUGUCACUCUUGAGCAACGCUGGAGGAGGCCACAAAGAGGGAGAUGAAGAGGAAGAUGAUGAAGAGGAAGGAAUAUUGGCAGGUGACAUUCCAGCUCACAAACUGUCGGUCUCAUUUGAGAGUCGGCGCAAGCAGGCAACAGCGAUUGUCAUGCUAGGAGUCAUUGGGGCAGAGUUUGGCCAGGAGAUGGAGCCCAGUAGGACCAAACCUGGCGAGGAGACCAAGAAGACCAAAGGCAAGGGCACAGUUGAAGGGUUUAGCCUCUCUAACUAUUCCCUGGCCAGGCAUACAAGCAAGGCACUGAUGUUUCUCCUCCUGCAGCCUCCCAGUCCCAAGCUUCCGGCGUACACCCCCAUUCGCCGCGCCGCUAUAGAUCUGAUUGGUCGAGGUUUCACAGUCUGGGAGCCAUACCUGGAUGUCUCGUCUGUGUUACUAGGUCUUCUGGAGCUCAGUAUUGACUCCAACAAACUGAUUCCCAGCACAACAUACGGGCUUCCGCUGUCGCCAGCUGCUGAUGCCUGUCGGACUGCCCGCCACGCCCUGUCGCUCAUCGCCACUGCUCGGCCACCAGCAUUCAUCAUCACUAUGGCGAAGGAGGUAGCCCGCUACAAUGCCUUGGCUCAGAAUGCCCAGCACCCUAAUGCACAAAUGCAGAAUAUCAUCCUGGUUCGAGCCUCUGCGGAGAUCUUGCAUAUCAUUGAGUUGCUUGUCGAGAAGAUUCCCAAUGAUGUCGCAGAUCUGAUUGUGGAGGCCAUGGAUGUGACCAUGUUUUGUCUGGAUCUUGCAGCUCUCAAAGCUAAGGGACUCCCAGAUCUGUUUCCAGCAAUAUGCAGGUUCAGCAUGGUGGCCUAUUGCCCAAAUACAAAGAGGGUGUGGGUCGGUGCCAAGAAUGGACACCUGGCUCUAUAUGAGCUAAAGCAGCAUGCUAAAUGUCAGAUGAUCUCAGCUCACCAUGGAGCCAUCACCGCCGUGUCGGUGAACCAGGAUGGCAAGUACCUGGCUACAUUUUCUCAUGUGGACAACAAACUCAAGUUCUGGCAGACUGCCUCCACUUCAUUGUUUGGGAUUGGGUCCCAGCAGACGAAGCAGAUCCGCAGCUACUCGACUCCUGCCAUCUCUGUGUCGCCAGUCAGUAACAUCCUGAAACUGGUCAGGCUGGUGUGGAUUGACAAGAAUGUGGUUGUGCUUCUGACUGUUGAUGGACAAGAACUCAAGUACUCGGUUUAA